AUGGUGUACCUCCUGAUCGAGCGCAAGCCUGGCCAAUCCAUCAGGUGGUGGCACCCCGCGCCUAGCAUGCGCUGGCGUCUCUCUUUCCUUCUGCUGGUCCUCAUCUCGAAGUCAAGCCCGGCCCGUGGCGAGAACACCUGCAGCACCGACCCAUGGGCCAGCUCGAGUUUGCUUCGCCGAACUUUUGGCCCACAGACGGUAUUGGCCGUUGAUGUGGACUCUGACGGUCAUACAGACCUGGUCACGGCCAGCUACUACAAUGAUCAGGUGGCCUGGUUUCGAAAUCAGGGCCAAGGCCGCUUUGAGGGCUCUCUUCGCAUCAUAUCCGAUUCCAACAAAGGCUCACGCACGCUGGCUGUGGCUGACCUCGACAACGAUGGUGAUUUGGACCUCGUCGUGGGAAGCUCCGUCGACUUUCGCAUCUCUUGGUAUGCCAGUAAUGGCAGCCAGUACGAUGCUGUCCCUCGUGUCAUCACCACCGAAACCCGGUCAAUACGCGAUGUGGUCACUGCCGACCUGGACAACGAUGGCUAUGUCGACAUCAUCAGUGGCAGUAAUGACCAAAAUGCCGCCAUCUUCUGGUACCGCAACCAACAAGGCUCCUUCUCAGGAGCCCGUCAUGUACUCGACGAAGAUUCGCCCGCCAUUCUGGGCGUGGCGGCAGCCGACUUUGAUAACGACAAUCUAACCGAUGUCGUCGCGGCUUCGGAAUCUUCAAACACUGUUACGUGGUACCGCAAUCUUGGAAAUGGCAGCUUUUCCUCCCGCUUGUACCUGACUCUCAAUGGAGCCCACAGGCCGGUCUCAGUCGUCGCCGUUGAUCUAAACCAGGAUGGCCGCCCCGAUAUUCUCUGUAGCACUCUUUUGGGCCGUGUCAUAUGGUUUCGCAACACGGGUAUGGGCACCUUUGCCCCCGCUGCGGUUGUGACGACAGACUUGUCUUCGAGUCGCUAUGCCACAGCCGCAGAUCUGGAUAAUGACGGAUGGCUAGACGUCAUCAUCGCUGGCUACGACAACAAUGUCACUGCAUGGGUUCGUAACCUCGGCAAUGACUCCUUUGAUGACACGACGCAGUUGAUUGAUAUGAACGCACGUGGCGCGCAUUGGAUCGCGACGGCCGACUUUGAUGGUGACGGACGUACUGACGUGGCUGCGGCCUGCUUUCUGGAUUCAAAUGUCAUUACGUAUCGCAAUAUUGACCAAGGGAAUUUUACCGGGACACGGACGGUGCUUUCCACCACCGCCCAGGGCACCAAGGCCCUGGUAGCCGUUGAUCUGGAUGGCGAUGGUCACCUUGACGUAGCUAGUGCCAAUUAUCAUGGCGAUUCGCUGACUUGGUAUCGCAAUCCGGGUGCUGGCAACUUUACGGGAGCCCAGCACGUCGUGACGGCCUAUGCGGCUCAGCCCACCGCCCUGGCCGCCGCGGAUAUUGAUAACGAUGGGCACCCCGACCUCGUGAGUGCCAAUGCGGGUCAUGGUCAAGUUGUUUGGUACCGCAAUCUGGGCCAGGGCAAUUUCAAUCCCGACCCAGUCAUCGUGGCCGUCGACUUGACCAACACCCAAGCCAUCUUUACUGUGGACCUUGAUGGCGAUGCUGACAUCGACGUCAUCACGGCUGGCCCUGGCGAUGCGACCAUUGCGUGGUAUGCAAAUAUUGGCAACGGCUCAUUCUCCUCCAGUCCUAUUCCAAUUUCCUCUCCUGCGGUCGGUGCAUCGGCUGUGUACGCUGCAGACCUGGACAACGAUGGCCUUGUGGACGUUGUGAGCGCCAACUCAGAUGAUGCCAAGAUUGCGUGGUACCGCAACCUGGGCCGUGGCCGCUUUUCUAGCGAGCACAUCAUAUCUGCGGACAUCAAGCUUGCCAGUGCCGUGACUGUGGCUGAUCUAGAUGAUGACGGCUGGCCCGACAUCAUUUGUGGCGGAAUCGAAGGCUUCGCGCAAUGGUUUAAGAAUGACCAGGGUGCAUUUGGCAGAGGACACAUCAUUUCCACGGUGUCGCUUGAUCUGCGCACCAUUGCAGUCGCAGAUAUGAAUAAGGACGGUCGCCUAGACAUUGUGACAUCCAACUCAUUUGCAGUCGUUUGGUACCGAAAUGCUGGACAGGGUGUGUUUGACCAGGACUACAUCCUCGCUGCCCAGAGCUUUGAUCAGACGCGAGCCAUUGUUGCAGAUUUGAGCGGCGAUGGGUAUCCCGACGUUGUCUGCGCCCACUUCAACUCCAGCGACAUUCGCUGGCUCCUGAACGACCUUCGCUCACCUCCGCGAUACAUCCAUCACCCGGCCCGUGACGACAGAGAUGCGCUCAUCCAGACAAGUGUGUUGGGCAAAGGCAAUUUUGGCACAGUUUUUCGGGCGUCUGACUACAAGGCAGUCAUGCUGGAGGCAGCUCUUCUGCAUAUUGCUUGCGAUCAUCCUCACAUUGUCAGCCUGAUUGCCAUCGUUCACGACAGCGCUCCAAUAUCGCUCGUGCUUGAGCUGGCCGACUUGGGCGAUCUUCGGACCUACCUACGUCACACCAGGGUCUUGCCGCACACCUCGCUGGUACGCCAUUUCUGUGCAUUUGGGUUGCCUGUAGCCCUUGAAGCAAGGUCUCCAAUCGACACCCUGUUGCUCUCCGGGCUCUUGGCGUGCUAG